AUGUCGCUGUGUGGACUGCGGCCAACAAGGCUGCUACCGUUCAGCCAGCUUCCGAGAGCUACAUACUCCCGCAGCCGGAACCACACCAUACCUGCAUCUUUCACAACCAUACGACCGGCGCACCAUUGCGCCAAGUCCCAAGAGCCUAUAUUAUCUAUGGGAUUCUGGAGUUCAAAACCGACGUGGAAACGAGCAGGCGUCAACACAUUCCGAUGCUUGAUCGGUUGUAGUCUAGGUGAUUUCUCGGCAAUGUGGUUCUUACAGUCAUGCUAUCCCAGCAUCGGGACAGGCCUAAUCAUGGGUAUAGCUAUGGCCUCGGGAUUGUCUACGUCGAUGAUGCUCGAGACCGUUCUACUUAGGCUCGGCCGUGACCAGCUGUCCUGGGCAGCGGCAGCCAAAACGGCAGCUGGCAUGAGCCUUGUGUCGAUGCUCGGGAUGGAGACCGUGCAGAAUCUGGUAGACUACCACCUGACCAGCGGAGUGGUUGCGUUUGACGACCCUACGUUCUGGAUGGCUGCAGCUGCAUCUGCUGGUGCCGGGUUCCUUGCACCUCUUCCGUAUAAUUACACUCGACUGCGGAAGUACGGGAAGGCGUGCCAUUAA